AUGGUCUUCAACGAUGAGUUAUGCCAUAGGUUGCUGACGAGACAUGAAAUAACACGUUCCUACUCUAAUAUGAAGUCACAACGCUUAUGCAUACGUACCUUUUUGGUUUUGUUGAUCAUCCAUGAACGUUGCUUCAUCAAUAAACAAUGCCUAAAGAAGCGUGAGGUUUUUUAUGUUGAUUCUAAGCUGUUUGGGACUGAGAGCGGUUCGGAUAGCGUAAUUGAUGACAUAUGUUGCAUGAUAGGCUGCACAAGGCCCAAUCUUAAGGUCUUUGCUAACUCACACGAUGAGGUUAUUGGUCUAUUUAGCUUCAGGUGCGACAAUUCUCUUUUUGAUUGUUCUUUGUUUGCCUUGCGUAUCACGUUUUGUGAUCAUAUAGUAGAUAAUUUCAAGAACCAUAGGGCAUUAUUCAUCUUACUUGUUGAGAAGAAUACUGUGUUUACUCAUUUAGUUAAGGAUAAUUUUCAUAAGGAGGCUCGUUGCAUUAUGGUGACAGGAAAAGGAUUUGGUCACAGAGCUACCAAGUUAUUCUUGAAAAAACUUUAUUAUGAUUUAAAGCUUCCAGUGCUAACCAUUGUUGUGGAUUGCAAUCCAUCUGGACUUCACAUAUUUUUUGAUUACAAAUAUGGUUGGGUUAGGAAAUCAUUUGACAGUCGUGACUUAGCCACUCCAAACAUUAAAUGGUUGGGUGUGAGGCCGUCAGAUAUAGAAAAAUAUGAAGUUCAUCCAAGAGACAUACCAUUGGAAGGGACUAGUGUCUCUGCAACAAAUACCUUUUUGAAACAACAGUUUGUGACGAGUGACAAAAAUUGGGUUAGUGAGAUAGAAAAAAUGUUGGAGAUCGGAAAGAUGAUAAAUAUUGAGAAUUUGAGCUUGAAAAGUAGUCAAUAUUUGUCAAGGGAAUUCUUGCCAAAGAAAUUGGAGGCAAAUGAUUGGAUAUAA